AUAAAACAAAAGUAAGAUUCACAUUACUUCAGAUUCCAUUGACAUGCAGUCUGGCCUAUUUAAAUUAGAAGUCCUGCCGUCUGAUAUGUAUAGCUGAUUCAGGUAAAAUAAUAUUUUCUUUCGCUAUGUCUAGCGUAGAAAUAAACAUAGUUGAAAACACGAUUCCGAGAGAUCACAUGGCAAAUACAAAGAUAGAUAGUAAGUUAUAUGAGUGCGUGAAGCAGGACAAUAUUGAGGAAUUUAAAAGCCGCGUCCAGCAACAUUUAGCGGAGAAGCUAGUGACUCCCUGUGGGAACUCAUUACUUCAUGUAGCCAUAAGGUAUAAAAGUAAUAAUAUUACUGCUUACCUGGCUAAAGAGAUCCCUUCUCUAAUCACGAGCCGAAACGACCAGCAAGACACAAUCCUUCAUGUAGCUGCCAGAGAGGGAAGUGUUAGUCAUACAAUUCGAAACCUUGUCAAUUCGAAUGCUUUCUUGCUGAGGAUGACAAAUGGCAAAGGAAACACUCCUUUGCAUGUUGCAGUGAUCAAUGGUAAGAAAGAAGUUGCCCAGUAUCUCAUUUCCAGAGAUCCAGAAGUGGCCUAUUACAAAAACGAGACUGGCAGGUCUCCUUUAUAUCUGGCUGUUGAAAAUCGCAAUAUGAACAUUCUUGAUGAUUUCUUGAAUACGGAAGCUUCGAUCCCUACAGAAAGAGAAGAUGGAGAUUCACUUGGCAUGCUACCAGAAGGAAAGUCCCCUGUUCACGCUGCCGUCGAGAACCGUAUCAUAGGUAUAUUGCAGAAAAUCGAAGAAGCAAAGCCAGAGUUAUUACGUCUCCAUGACAAAGAGUUUGGAAAUCCACUCCAUUAUGCAUCAUCUACAGGCUAUGUGGAAGGAGUUCAAUUCCUAUUACAAAAGUAUCGCCCCGGUGCUGAUGAAACUGACCAAGAGGGCAACUAUCCUAUUCAUCUUGCAUGCAAGGGAGGCUCGGUUCCUUUGUUAAAGGAAUUCCUGAAAGUUAUCCCCUAUCCAGACGAAUUCAUAAAUAAAAAAGGGCAGAACAUUCUUCAUGUAGCGGCCCAAAAUGGACAUGGCUCUUUGAUUAUGUGCAUACUCGAACUGGAUCAGAAUAUCGUAGAAACACUGUUAAAUACGAUGGAUGAGGAUGGAAAUACACCUUUGCAUUUGGCAACACAGCACGGCCAACCCACAUCUGUAUUUCUUCUUGUGCGUGACAUCCGCGUUUAUCCUCGUAUUGUUAACAAUGAAGGUUUGACACCAUAUGAACUUGGUAGAAAACAAUCCACAAUAGCGGUACAGCGAUAUGAAGGAACAGAUGAAACGUUUGCUAAGGAGCGACAGCACUCUGAUUCAAAUAACAGGGUGGAAGGGACCAAGGUAUUAGAGAUCUGUUGAUACUUGCUCUGCUUGCAUUUUAAAUAUUUUGAUUAAAGAUAUACAUUCCAUAUUGAUAGGAUUCAAGAUAAUAUUGACAGAUUGUAUAGCUAGAAUCAAGGCAGUAGAAUAGCUAAUGUUUAGGCUAUAAAUCAGGAAAUUGAUAUGUAUAACGUCUUUGUGAUUUACAUGACACUAUAAUAUAAAUA